UUUUUUUUUUUAUUUUUAAAUUUCAAUGGAAACUGUCAUCGGCUUGAAGGGCAAAGAUUAUGUCAUGCUGGCGGCCGAUACAAUGCUGGCCAAGAACAUAUACUUUUUGAGGGAUAAUUGCUCAAAGAUACGCGUCCUUUCGAGCAAUAGCAUGGUGGGCGUGAUUGGCAAUGAAGGCGACUCCACGAAGUUUGCGGACUUCAUUGCGACGCGUGUUUCGCUCUACGAAAUCGCGAACGGCUAUUCCAUGGACACGCCGAUAGUCAUACACUUUGCGCGCCAGCAUUUGCUGUCGAGCUUGGCCAGCCGGAUCAAAUUUGUGGUCUCGAUGCUGGUUGCCUGCUUCGAUAUGAAACGGGGAGCCAAUUUGUGUUAUAUCGAUUCUAAGGGCGCAUUGCAGUACCUCAACUAUUCUGGACAAGGCAUCGGACACUCAGUAUCCAUGAGCAUUUUCCACACCAUGUGGAAGCCCGACCUCAGCAUCGAAGAUGGAUUGGCCAUAGUACGUAGGUGUGUCACAGAGAUUCAGAGCCGUUUGAUAGUCAAUUUACGCCAAUUCGAAAUCUUUCUGCUGGACAAGAGUGGCGUUCGCAAGCUGGAAUCGUUCUGCCCCCAACCAGUACCAGAUCAGAUAUUUCCCCAACGACUAAUCCCCGAUGCAUUAAAAUGAGAUUCGUUUGCUGUACAGAUUUUACUGGAAAGUUAGAUAAUAUAUUAA